AUGUUUGCGCAAAAGGUUAUUAGCCGCACGUGCCAGCAAGUAAGCCGAUUGAUGCCCAAAUUUAUUUCUAGUUCUGCAGAUGCAAACAGAUUAGAAAAAACAUUAAAUCAGGUUUGCUUAUUAGGAAGAGUAGGAGGUGAGCCACAAAAAAGAGGAACUGAACAACAUCCUGUUGUAGUUUUUUCAUUAGCUACCCAUACAAACUACAAAUAUGAUGGAGGUGAUUAUGUACAACGUACUGACUGGCACCGAAUUUGUGUAUUUAAACCGUAUUUGCGUGACUCUGUUUACGAAAAUUUGAAGAAAGGCCAACGUAUUCUGGUAAAUGGAAGAUUGAGCUACGGUGAAAUUAAAGAUGAUAGUGGAAAUCCAAGACCCACGACCGCUGUGAUAGCCGAUGAGGUUAUAUUUUUCCAAACGCAAAAACCUGGUGAAUAG